AUCUUGAGCGCGAGAAUGAAGACCAUUCUCAGCAAUCAGAUUGUUGACAUCCCAGACAAUGUUGAAGUGGCCCUGAAAGGCCGUAGAGUCGUUGUAAAGGGUCCACGCGGAACAUUGCGCAGAGAGUUUAACCAUAUCAAUCUAGAGCUCAGCCUGCUUGGCAUUAAGAAAAAGAAGCUUCGAGUUGAUAAAUGGUGGGGUAACAGGAAGGAACUGGCCACCGUGCGCACAAUCUGCAGCCAUGUACAGAACAUGAUCAAAGGUGUCACACUAGGCUUCAAGUACAAGAUGAGAUCUGUGUAUGCUCACUUCCCCAUCAACGUGAUUGUUCAGGAGGCGGGAUCUCUUGUAGAAAUCCGAAACUUCUUGGGCGAGAAGUACAUUCGUAGAGUGCGCAUGAAGCCCGGUGUUUCUUGCGCAGUUUCUCAAGCGUUGAAAGACGAGCUGAUCCUCGAGGGAAAUGAUGUUGAACUGGUGUCUAACUCUGCUGCCCUGAUCCAACAGGCAACAACAGUCAAAAACAAGGAUAUCCGAAAAUUCUUGGAUGGUAUUUACGUCUCUGAGAAGGGUACAGUUGUUGAACCCACAUCAUAAAGAUGCAAUGGAUUCCAGCUGCUCUCAUUCAACAAGCAACAACAGUGCGGAAGAAAGAUAUUAGGAAGUUCCUGGAUGGUAUAUAUGUGAGCGAAAAGGGCACCGUGGUUGCACUACAAACUGAUUAAAGCCGUGAACUCUUGGAACCGAGUCACUGGCUGAAAUAAAUAUUCUGUGCACUC